AUGAAAUUUUAUCGUGUUCGCAGAAGUGGGCGCAAAGAAACAUUUUCAAAAAUGUUUGCUGAACCAGCGCACAGUGCAUAUGUCACCUUUGGUGAUGAUAACCUAUUGUUAUUGGGAUUUAAAAAAAACCGUAUAAAGAUGGCAUUAACUUGGUUGCUUACCAUACUCACGCUGGGUGCAUUUCGUUUGUUACUUCAUUGGUAUCCAAAAUGGUUGAUGAAAUGUACUGCUUCGAAGUGUUGCCUAAGCUGUGCUGAAUGGAUCCUGAUUCGAGACUUGCACAUGAAUAUUACUUUCCGUCCCGUACGUUGCAUAAAUAAUGCUAACAACAUGGCAAUCGGUUUUCCUAAAACUGGUUUUCGAAUGGUUAACGUCAAAACGCUGAGAUAUUUCACAUUCAAAAAACUCAUCCAUCUUUGGCAUCCUCAAGAAAAUCAGUUCAUCCCAAUUGAUUCAGUAGAUACAGAUGUCAGGUUUCAUCAGUUCCAUAUGCUAGCAGAAAAGGGUCUGAGUGAGAUUGAUGUUGUCAAACGUUUAGCGGUUUAUGGAAAGAAUCUAAUACACAUACAUCUGAAGCCUUUACAUGUCUUACUUUUUCGUGAAGCUAUUUCUCCUUUUUAUAUAUUCCAGCUAUUCAGCGUUUCGGUUUGGUAUUCCGAUAAUUAUGAAAUAUAUGCGAGCGUUAUUGUUGCAUUAUCGCUGCUUUCUAUUUUCACUGAUGUCUAUCAAGUCAGAAAACAAGAAAGAAAGCUCCGAAGUAUGGUUCAUUCUUCGUCAGUCAUAGAAGUUCUCAGAAAUAGUGGUCAGUCCACAAAUAUUAGCAGCGAGGAAUUAGUUCCUGGCGAUGUUAUAAUAAUUCCUUCUAAUGGAUGUGAGAUGCAGUGUGAUGCAGUAUUAAUCAAUGGCACAGUAAUAGUAAAUGAAUCAGUGUUAACCGGUGAAUCAGUUCCAGUCACCAAGUCUGGAUUACCGAUGACUGAUGAUGACUCUUCUGUUUUUUCUUUCAAAGAACAUGCAAGACACACGCUAUUUUGUGGCACAAAAGUGCUUCAGGCUCGUUAUUAUGCUGGUAAAAGUGUAAAGGCAGUAGUUCUGCGGACUGGUUUCACAACACUGAAAGGUCAACUUGUACGCUCGGUAAUGUACCCAAAACCAGUAGACCUACGCUUUACGAAAGAUCUUUUCAAAUUUAUUGGUUUUCUGAUAUGUAUUGCUUUUCUUGGCUUUGCUUAUACCAUUAUAAUAAUGAUCGUUCGAGGUGCCGGUCCAAGGAAAGUUAUACUGCGUGCUUUGGAUAUUAUUACUGUCGUUGUGCCCCCUGCUUUACCUGUGACUAAUUGCAUCAGAAUUCCUGGUUCAUUUCAAGAAUUCAACAUUUAUGAUUUUGCUUGUGAAUUUUCAGCUGCCAUGAGUAUUGGUGUGCUUACAUCUCAAGUGCGUCUUCAUCGUAAAGAUAUCUAUUGCAUAGCCCCUUCGGCAAUCAAUACCUGUGGUGCAAUAAAUGUGGUUUGCUUCGAUAAAACAGGAACUUUGACAGAAGAUGGAUUAAAUUUUCACUCAGUUUGUCCUAUAGUUCAUGUUGAUGGUAGAGAACCGGUGUUUGGGCCUGAGUUUUCCUCAAUAAAUGUCAAAGAAAUGUGGAUAUAUCGCAAACUUGUUGAGGCGUUAUCUACUUGUCAUAGCUUGACACGAAUUAAAGGUUCUCUUUGUGGUGAUCCAUUGGAUUUAAUUCUUUUCAAAAGUACGGGUUGGACAUUAGAUGAAACUAUGAAUUCAAGAAUUGAAGAAACUGCUCGAUUUGAUGUUUUGGCUCCACCAGUUGUGCGUAGCGUCCCUGGUACGUGUGGUUGUGAUCGGAGAAUAGAACUCGCUAUUUUGAGGCAAUUUACUUUUAGUUCUUCAUUACAACGGAUGUCUGUUAUUGUACAUGAUCCAGAGGAUGAUUCGCAUGACAUGACUUUGUACUGUAAAGGUGCACCCGAAAAAAUUGCUUCUCUUUGUCUACCAUCAACAGUACCUGUCAAUUACAUCAACGUUGUUAAUGACUAUGCACAACAUGGAUAUCGAUUGAUAGCAGUUGCUUUUAAAAAACUACACAUUAGUUUUCCAAAAUCGCAGCGAGUAAAUAGAGAGCAGGUUGAAACUGGUCUAACAUUGUUGGGUUUGGUAGCGAUGGAGAACAGACUAAAGGUGCAGACGGUCAGUGUAAUUCACCAACUGAACAAAGCUAAAAUUCGAACGGUCAUGGUUACUGGUGAUAAUUUGCUAACUGCAUUAAGUGUUGCUCGAGAAAGUGGAAUUAUUCAGCCUUCAAAGAGGGCUUAUGUUGUGGAGUGUGGUAGUCGGACUCUGUCUGAUUCAAGAACUCCUCUAAUAUUGAAGCAGGCAGUUUCUUCAUCGGAAGAUUUGUUGGAUGAUUCAUCAUCACUUUGCGAUGCAGAAUCAGCGAGUUGUAUAGACCCUACUUAUCAGCUAUCGAUUUCUGGCCCAACAUUUGAUGUGAUUUGUCGUGAAUAUCCUGAGUUGUUACUUAAGUUCGUUACUGUAUGUGAUGUUUUUGCACGCAUGUCUCCAGAUCAAAAGCAGAUUGUGGUGAAUAAACUUCAGGAAGUUGAUUACACUGUUGCUAUGUGUGGAGAUGGUGCAAAUGAUUGCUCAGCUUUGAAAGUAGUGAUUUGUUCUUUAUUGGCAGCGCACGCAGGUAUAUCACUCUCUGAAGCAGAAGCAUCGAUUGCAGCUCCGUUCACAUCUCGCGUACCUGACAUUCGUUGUGUUCCACUGAUUAUUCGUGAGGGUCGAGCAGCUCUAACAACUUCAUUUGGAGUCUGUAAAUACAUGGCCAGUUACUCUUUUACUCAGUUUACUUCCGUUCUCUUACUUUAUUGGCUUGCUGCGAAUCUCACGGAUUAUCAGUUUUUAUUUAUCGAUCUCUUCCUAGUAACAGCGGUAGCUGCAUGUUUUGGAUAUACUCCAGCAUCUGAAAAACUUGCAUCCUUACCACCUUCCACGAAAAUACUUUCUUUCGCAUCUGUAGUUUCAAUUGUUGGUCAUCUGAUGCUUGUUUUCAUUUUUCAGAACAUCGUUUCAUUAAAUUUGAUAAUCGGUAGAUUUUUUUUUCAGUUGUUUAUAUUCCUAUACACUGCAACUCAACCAUGGUUUCUUCCUCAUUCUAGUGCAGUAGGCGUUUCUGUUGAGGAUAAAAAGAGUAUGGAAGGAACGGCAGUAUUUUGUUUAUCUUCGUUUCAGUAUUUAACCCUAGCGAUCAUUUAUAGCAGAGGGCCUCCAUAUCGUAAAACGAUGUUCAGUAAUACUCCUUUCUGCUUCUGCCUUGCUACUCUUUUUUUCCUCUCUAUAUGGCUCACAGUUGACCCGCCGGCCUUUGUGAUAACAUAUUUCCAAUAUGAUCCGCUUCCUGAACUUGGUUAUCGGAUUUUUAUAUUUCUUACUGCUCUCAUUUACAUCUCAUGCGCUUAUAUAUACGAAACAGGAGUGGUUGAGUAUCUCAUCCUUAACGUUCGUGCAAAGUGGCGUAGAAAGCAUUGUGUCGAAACGGACACACAACUACUAAACAAAAAUGAAAGAAUUUUGUGUUCAAUCAGUAAUAGUCCUAGGUGGAUUCCUUGCACACAAGAACAAGAUUCAGCCGAUGGUUCUGAAUUGUAUUUUUUGAAUAUAUCGCCUUCUUCGUAG